AGAAUGUUAAACUUCUAAGUCGUUUCUCUUCUAAAGGCUCUGUUAUCUCAAAUGUGAACCGAAACGUGAACUUUAUCCUUAAGAUAAAGUAGAAUAGUCUGACGCUUAAUAUAAAUAAUUACAUUCACUUUUGGAGUUCUGAUACUUUAUUAUAUCAGCGGAGUUUCGAUACUUUAUUUAAAAAUGGAUGAAUUUGUGUUCACUUGGAAAAUAGAGAACUUUAAUUUGGCUGUGAAUAAAAAAGGCGAAUCCGUCUCCAGUCCAGAAUUUAUAAAUGACUCGUUGGAGAAAACUAAUUGGUUCCUUCAAAUCUACCCUUAUGGAGAAACUGAUGAUACUUAUAUUGGGUUGUACUUAAAUCGUUCGCAAAGUGACACUGGACCAACUAACAUUGCAAUCAACUAUACAUUUUCAAUAGUAAAAGCCGAUGGCAGCGAAGAACCGUAUAAAAUGUUUGAAAAUGUCAACUUUACGCUAUCUAAGAGGGACGGUUGUAAAGAAUUCAAAAGAAGAGAUGACAUUAUGAAAGGUAUUAAAAUUUACCUCCCAAAACACACUUUUACUGUUCGAUGUUAUAUACAGAGAUGUGCUGCAACUCCGUCUGCAUCAAAAAACAAAGAAACUGUCAAAAACUUAGCGAUGUUUUUAUUUAAUGAAAAAACUGAUUCUGAGUUACCUGCGGAAGUGUACUCUGUAGCAGAUGGUGCUCUGAAAGAAGUGAAAGACAAAAUUUGUCCAUUUCCAAAUCAGUGCACUGCUCGUACUAGAGUCCGCCUUGAAAAAAGGACUUUUAUUUGGAAUAUCGAGAACUUUUCCCAGUUAAAAAAGAAUCAAAAGGUAUUUUUGCCUGUCAUUUCAGCAUCGAAGUUGACGCCAUCGUUUUUGAUGACACUAUAUUUGGCAGAUGAAUCAGCAUCUGAUCAGCACAUUCAGAUUGAAAUAAAGAAAAAGAAAGAUUUUACUUCUGUUUCAACUAUAGGCUAUGGCGGAAUAACAGUCCUAAAGCACAAAAGUAGGCCAUCCGAUUUCAACUGUGCUAUUCAUUUCUUCGAAGCUCAGAAAAACGAUCCAGUUUGGCAGUUCCCGCCAAUAAUAAAAAGAAGUAAACUACUCGGAGAGAGAGAAGAAUAUCUACGAAAUGACACCUUGUCUCUGAAAUGCCAGUUUGCCCUAUCAGAUGGAGCAACUCUGCAUCAAAUUGAAGAUACCAGCUACUGGUCAGCAGAAAUAGAUGAUGCUGAAAAAGAAUUGGAAUCCUUGUUGAACUUGAGAGAAGAUUUUCUUAGUCUAAGUACUGAUCCUAAACUGUCCGACAUAACCUUAAUGAUUGGAAAAGAGAAGUUUCCAGCCCACAAAGCUGUGCUGUCUGCUAGAUCGGCUGUUUUCAAGGCCAUGUUUGAGCGAGACAUGGCAGAAAAGGAAAGUGGGGUGGUGAAGCUGACUGAUCUUGAUGCCGAUACCUUAACGAGAAUGUUGAGGUUUAUAUAUAGUGGAUGCGUGGAAGACCUCAACUGUGAAAUUGCAGCUAAUUUGUAUUCUGCAGCUGACAAGUAUCAGUGCCUUAAUCUUAAGGAAGAAUGUGCCUCAUUUCUGAAAACAAACCUAUCUGUUGCAAAUGUCUGUGACGUUAUAUAUAUUGCCGACAUGCAUCAAGAUGAGGAUCUAAAAGCUGCAGGGUGUGAAUUUAUUACACUCCACGGUGCUGAAACUUUGCGUUCAGAGGAGUGGAAAAUGUUUUUAAAGAAUAAAACUCAAUUGGCUGCAGAAACUUUGAACAAUAUUGGCUUACGUUAUAUGGUUUGAUUUAUAGAACACCAACUUCUAUUUUUAUUUGCAAAUUCUUUAGCUUUAUACUUUGAUUAUAUUCACUAAAAAUUCUUGAAGUUCAUUUUUUAAAAUUAUGCACAGAAAAAAAUUCUGGUAAAACUACCGUACUGUGUAGAAAUAACAUUUCUGGUAAAAACAACAACUACGGUUAAUAAAACCAAAAUAUACUGUAUUUAAAUCAAUCAUUUGGUAAAUUUUUCCAAUCAUAUGGUAAAGGUUUACAGAGAUUUCUGAUUUUCAAAAUUAUGGUUCUUAUGUUAUACACAUUUUAGUACACAUAUAUUAUAAAAUACAAAAUUAAAAAAAAUAUUUGACCAUAUAGAUUGUUUUAACUCCAUGUUUAAAGAUAAUGAUCAUGCCAUGCUUAAAGAUUAUUUAAUAUUAUGCCAUACUUUAACAUUUUAUGGCAUGCUUAAGAUGAUAAAAUUAUCAUAUUUUACCACAUUUAUCAAAUUUUAUCACAUCAUGGAAUUCUAUAAUUUUUUUUGUUGUUAAUUUUACCAAAACCAAUACCAAAUCGUUCAAUAAAAAUUAUCAAGUUGUUUGGUAUUCUCCUCCAGUCAGAACCACGGCAAGUUUUACCAUAUUACUUUUGACCAUACUUUUUUUCUCUAUGCGUGCAUUCAAUUUAAAAUUGAUUUCUAGAAAGAGCAAAAAUUGCUUUCUUUCUUAUUAGUUAGAAUAUAAAUUUAAAUGUCUUCCAUAAUUUAGCCUACAUUUGUGGACAAAUGCAUGAUAAUAUAAUUAGUUGUUCAUCAGUGUCUUGCACAGCAUUAAAAAUAUACUUUUGCACAUUGCCAUUCUUAAUUUCAAUAAAUCUUUAAAUCACUUAGUAUUCAUAAAAAAUUUCUUACACUAAAAAGCAAUAACAAUCCCAAAUUUUUUCAAAUCAAAAAUAUUUGGAUGCGGACAUACAAUGGUAUCAGUUAUCAUUAUUUUGUCCACAUCAUAUGUAUAUAAAAUUAUAUAUUGAGUUAAAUUGCUGGGCAUAAAUAACGUGUUUGUUUUAACUCAAUAUCAUUGCUUAUUUUCAAAAUAAUUCUUAUUUAAUUGCUACAUUUCAAAGCUCAUCUAGGGAUUUUCGAAAUGAAUCAAAAGACAAUCAAUAAACGACUAAUAUGUGUGCACUGAAAUAAAUAUGCAAGAAUAUUAUUUUUACAAACUUAAAAUUAUUUUGAAGUCUCACUUAACUCCAUUAUAUUCUGAAUACUUUUAAAAUUAAAGAAUACCUUGAUUCUUACUUCAUAAUAAAAUAAUAUUAUAACCCGUU